AUGUCUCCCUCCGGAGAAGUAUCGACAGGCGUUAUAAUCUCUGAUGUUAUAGGAAAGACGCAGACAAUUGCCAUAUUUAGCGGGCUAACCCGAGAUAUCGACUCUGUAUCAGACCGGUUAGAUGAUGCAUCUAAGAACGCUACAGUGUUAGCACCAGAUAAUGAAGCUAUGAGGGGAUUACAGCGGAAGCCCUGGGAAGACCCGGAAGAUUAUGCAGCUUUUGGCAAGAAUGCGUACGAUGGUGGUGAUGGAGAAGAUCGCGCGCAUAAGAAUCUGAGGAGAUUUGUUGAAGCGCACAUUGUCACGCAAAGUCCAUGGGAAGAAGGACAGAGGGCGAGAACCAUGGCUGGAAAUGAGGUGUGGUACGAGAGCAAAGAUGGCAAGAAGAUGAUCCAGCCAGGCGGCAUCGAGGUCAUUAGCAUCGCAGACAGAGUCGCGAACGGUGAAGUGUGGAUUAUUAGAGGUGCUCUUGUAUAA